AAAGGAAGACUCUUUUUUUCGAAAAUUCAAAGCCGGCAUUUUUUUUUCGUUUCUGUUUGUUCUCCUUUUUUAUUUUCUCUGCUCCAGGGGAAAAUAAAAAAGGUGCAACCUUUUGUUCUCCUGGAGCGAUCAAUUUACUUUUUCAUCUAAUCGCUGACUCCGUGACUCUCGUCGUCGUCUCUGAUCGUAUCAAGGGAUUGGGGUUCGAUACGAUCAUCAACUAUCUCAAUUUUCUGGGGUUUUUUUAAGCAGGAAUUUGUUUGAAGUGAUUGGUAUUGGAAAAUGCCUUCUCUCAUCUCACAACAAUGGCAGGAGAGGACUAGUGGAUUCUUUUCUUCAUCAGGAACGAAGCUUAGGGAAGCCAGGCAAUCAGCUGGUAGUUUUGUCGGGGAAGUCGCUAAGGAUGCGAAAGUGAAUGUUGCUGAUGUUGCAGAACGAGUUGGGUCGUUGUUCAAAAGCCGGUGGGCAAUUCUUCAGGAGCCUGCAACUAGACAUGCCGUGCAAGAACACCUUAUAACUGCUGCUGCCACAACCGGGACAUUGGUCAGGAAGGGUAUAACUGAGACAAAGGAAAAAGUUUCCGUUGGAAAGAUCAAAGUGGAAGAGGCGGCAAAAAAGACUGCGCAAAAGAGCAAGACCCUUUUGACGGAUAUUGAAAGAUGGCAGAAGGGAGUUGCCAGCUCAGAUGUGUUUGGUGUUGCGAUUGAGGUCACUGUCCAGCGGCAGGAUUCAAGCAGGCCUGUUCCAUUUAUACUGAUUAAAUGCGCUGAUUAUCUUAUAUUAACAGGGCUUAAUUCACCGAGCUUGUUCAAAGCCGAAGGAGACAAAAAGUUGAUCCAACAAUUGGUUUCUGCUUACAAUCAAGAUCCCAGCUCGUCAAUACCUGAAGGCGUGAAUCCAGUUGAUGUCGCUGCACUCAUGAAAUACUAUCUUGCGAGCCUUCCGACACCACUAACUACUUUUGAGCUUUAUAAUGAAAUCAAAGAUGCAAGGUCGAGCGUAAACAGAUUGAGAAAGUCACUCCAGAAGCUUUCCAACGUGAACUAUAAUACACUUGAGUUCAUCACUGCGUUGUUGCUUCGUGUGAGCCAGAAAUCUCUACUUAACAAGAUGGAUUCACACAGCCUAGCCAUGGAAAUGGCUCCCGUGAUCAUGUGGCGAGAAGACAAGAGGCCUGAGUCUUAUCGGGAAUAUUGGAGACGCCCAUCGAGGAGUCCUAAGAAAAGCAACGACUUUGAAACUGCUUCUCCAUGGGACUUGCUCUCAGAUGAAGGAGAAGGUGUAGAUGCAUCUUCAUCGAUCCCUCUAGAUGAUAUUGUUCAAGUUGAUUUUGGUGCGGUCGAGGUUGUGCAGUGCCUAAUUGAACAUCACAAUGCGAUUUUCCAGGAUGCAGACGAGACUGUAUGGAGGUGAAAACAACAGUUAACCAGUCUUCCUCUGAUGAUUCGAGUCAGAGAUUUCUCAAUUUCCGGACCAAACCAGAACCGUUAGAAGAACAUAUGCAUUUUGAUCUCGAUGAUGAUUAACUAGUGGUUUCAGUAAAUAUGCUUUGUUUUCAUAUUCUUGUGUAUCGUCAUUGUUUAGACUUAAUAAACUGUUUAACAAAAUAAGUUUUUUUGGCUCUAUAAGAAAUCAAUAAUAUUCGGAUUGUUUCCAUGUA